CGACCAGUUACCCAUACUAUUCUUCAAACCUGCCAGACAGCAAAUGGCAUCGGUCACUCCUGAUUGUGCAAAAUGAAUCAAUUCAGCAUCGAGAGUCCAAAGCGUAGAGCUGAAAGCUCCCAGGGCGACAGUGAUUGUCACUCAAGCAAGCGCCUUGCGACAAACAUCAAUUUUGGGGCUACCGCAGAUUUGGAACCACGGAACGUCUGGGCGGCGGUGGAUGGUGCAUCCUUUGCACAGCAGGGACCCCAAAGGGAGGCUACGCAACUGGAUGCAUCCUUGAUCAACAACCAUACAAAUCACUCCCCGACUGCCUAUGACACCUUUGCAGCAGCUUCGCACAGCAGUUGCGGAACCGAAACUGGCCAAGAUAAUAUAUGCUUUGGAAUGCUCCCGGGCAUUGAGAUACAAAUUAAAUGGCCUUCCACUGAGAACAGGGUUGCUGAGAACCUUGACGGUGUCAACUUCUUAGCAGUGAUACUGCAGCUGGAGUGAACUCAUGGCCUCAUUUACAAAGAUGGGCGGGCCGUCGGUGUGCUCCACAACAGCGCAUUCAACGUCUUGUCGUCUUGCGUAACGAGGACACCAACAUGCGGCAUAUUCGCCUGGGUGUUGGCAUCCGAGUGGGUCUCUUGCAUGGCCGAGGCGAAAGAUUCGACCAAACUCAAAAAGGGACUCAUCAUCAAGAUCGACCUGGUGCUUUUCGGCCCCAGAAGUUCCGGCGAUAGUGUGGCGGUCGAUCUCGGGAGUCGCCGAUAUUAUCUUCAGGAGCCGCAUCAGCAGUUGUGUCCUUACCCCUACGAGAACCCUCAGUCCCUGAAACUGCCCUCUACGCUCACAUUCGAUGCAUUAGAAACCUCACUGGAUGUGGAGAGGCAACUUUCAUAUGGACUUGAACAAGAUGAAGACGAAGAGCUGAUUGCCCAAGCAAUGCCCGACGGCUCGAGCACACAGCUCAACGAAUUGAUCCAGAACAUUGACAGCUUUCUUGAACUCCUCCCUGCAAAACCUAUCACUGCAUCGGCUGGCAGUGACUCGCGCAUAAUUUCUAAACUAUUCAGCCAUCAAAACGAAGCAGUGGGCUGGAUACUGCAAAGGGAGGAGCAUACACCCGGUCAGAAUGACUCGAAGCUAUGGGAAAUGAGCAUCCUUCCAUCAGGAGAGUUGUGCUACCAGCAUGCCAUCACUGGCGCAAAGAGCAAGAAUGCAAAGGACUUUAAAGGAGGCAUAUUAGCCGACGACAUGGGCCUUGGAAAAACAUUUACGACUUUGGCGGCAAUCGUCUCGACACUUGAUCGUGCCUCUGAGUUCGCCGCAAGAAGCAAGACCCCAGCAAUCGCUUCCAGAGCCACCCUGGUAGUAGUUCCCAGCGAGCUUCUCCUUAACACAUGGGCAAACGAAAUCGAACGGCAUUUCUACCCCAGGUCAGUCCGCUACGUCAAAUAUCAUGCCUCGGGGAGACGCGAUCUUGUCGGCACAAUCAACCAGCAAGAUGUAGUUCUCACAACUUAUGGCACAAUCAUGGCGGAUCGCCGUGGCGCCAACAGCAUUAUCCACAGGAUCAAUUGGUUCCGGCUGGUUCUGGAUGAAGCACACUUGGUUCGCAACUGGGGAUCCAAGCAGUUUAACGCGGUACACUCCAUUUCUUCGCACAUCCGAUGGUGCCUGACCGGAACGCCGAUUCAGAACUCACUAGACGACCUCGGGGCCCUGAUCAGGUUCCUCAAAAUGCCCAUCUUCUCCGAGCCGGCGACCUUCAGGCGAUAUGUCGGCAAGCUGCAACGUGACAAGGCUCAUCCGCAGGGGGCCUUUACCAACCUUGGGCUGAUACUAUCCAAUAUCUGCCUGCGUCGCAACAAGGACAUCAUGCCACUGUCCCAGGGACAAGUGUACGAAUACCGCAAGCCAGAGUUUACUCCCAGGGAACGAGAGCAGUACCACGCUUUGGAGCUUGCCUGCAAGCGUGCCAUCGCCAUCAGCGGCAAGAGGACCAGCACUUCCUCGGCUGACGGCGACCAUCAUACCGUCAUGGAGGCACUGCUCCGGCUCCGCAUCUUUUGCAACAAUGGUGCAACGGCCAAAGCCUUGGACUUGGCUGGGUUCAUGACCCGCGGGAACAAGGCAGGGGAAAAGUCCUCAAAGAGUCUGCCGGAUGAGAUGCUCAGCUUCAUGCAACAGAGAGGUGAGGCAAUGUGCUACUACUGCUCUGUCGGCAUCAUCGCGCUGGGUCCAAGUACAGUCGGAGACGACAACUGCGGCACGGACGUGGGCCAGAGUGUCGCGACUUUGACGAGGUGCUGGCAUCUGGUCUGCAGUGAGUGUGUGCAGCAGUAUCGCAGCGGGCAGGUUGAGGGACAGGUUUUUGCAUGCCCCCUAUGCAAUGGCAAACAUGGCAGCGAGAACGUGUUUGACGAAAACAUUGAGCCAAGCGAACCGCAACUGGGUCUUCAAACGCCGGCAGGUGGUCGUUUGCGACAAUAUCCCUCAAAGAUCACGGCGCUUGUGAAAGAUGUGAGGGACCAUUCCCUCACCGACAAAUGCGUCGUCUUUUCAUUCUGGAAAAAGUCACUGGACAUUGUGGGCAGCGCGCUGGAGGCUUCCGGCGUAAAGUAUCUUCGAGUAGACGGAAGCGCUUCGCCCAAGAAGCGAAGCAACAUCCUCUUGAACUUCCAAACUCGCCAGGCCUGUACCGUCCUGCUGAUUACCUUCUCCACCGGCGCCGUCGGGUUGAACGGCCUGACGGUGGCAAACAGGGUCCACAUUCUCGAGCCACAGUGGAACCCGGCGGCCGAGAAGCAAGCCAUCGGCCGGCUCCUCCGUCUGGACCAGUCGAGAAAAGUCACAAUUGUGCGAUAUGCAAUGGAAAAGUCUAUAGAGCAGGCCGUUCAAAAGAGACAGCUGCGCAAAUUUCAGCUCGCCGGUGGCGGGUUCUCCAAGCAGCUUAGCGUGGAAGAGAGGCGUGCCCUGAAGAGCGAUCAACUUCAGGAGCUCCAAGCUUAUUUCGAUAGCGAGCAGUCUGAGGAUGUCAUGCAGGUGGAGGCCUAGUCUAGACCUAGUUUGUAAGCUGGACGGCGGUCCAAUGCCGCCAGCAGCAAGACCUCUCAGAAACCUGCUUGGUUCUUUCACCCUGCAAUGAUACUACAUGUCUGGAAAAACGCCUUGAUCCAUGCCGAAAAAUGUGCCGCACCAACCACUACGAGUGGCCGCUGUCGCCGAACCAGCUGGAGGGAAAAGCAAGGGACGAAAAGAACAAGGCUGGAACGGUCUCUUCAGGGUCGUGAAUGCCGGCAGAAAAAGCCAGACCGGAUACCAGAAUGGCAACGCGAUCAAUUCGUGUCAGGUAGCGUAUCAUCUGUGCGGGAAGCUGAGUUGAGUACCAAGCUUAGCAUUGUCUGUUGCAUCAAAGCGUGGAGGACAGCUUGUCGUAGUUCCAAAGAGAAAGAAACAAAAAAAGAGGUGGUUCUGCCCAGCGAAGCCGAUGGUGCUUUCUUUUUCCUUGUCUUGUCUCGGCAUGUCAUCGGAGAAAAGGCACAUCUCCUGAAGGACCUGCAUCAAAAAAGCCAAAAAAAACGCGUUUGCCUUGCGGCAUUCUACGGGUGACGUGCAACCAGUCAAGGGGAAUUUUUGUUUUCUGGAUUGCCAAAGAGUAGGCAGCUCGGACUAGAGUAGAAAUGCAGGUACCCUUGUCGCGUCAAUCAUAAGCACUUAGUGUAGACACCAAAAGG